AUGUACUCCUACACCUCCGGUAUCGAGAAUACUCAACCAAUCUACCAACACUCGAUCGGUCGUUGUUUCACCAUUUGCCAAUGGGCAACCAACUUCCCCACCGGCACCCCUGGUAACACCUAUCUUGCCUUUACCUUCUCAGGUGGCAAGUUGUUCCAACAGAACCAGCCUUGGACCACUGGCCAGUACUACCUGGUUGAGUGGGGUGGCCUUGCCGAGCCAUACCUACCACCACCCACAACCGCAGGUGGUCAAGUCAUAGUCAAGAACAUAGUCAAGAAUGAGGCUGGCGCAUCUUGGAACAUGGCCAACAUUGUGAUCACUGUGAGCGACGGUACCAUCACCUACACCCCCAACAUUAUCACCAGAGGCACCGAUACCAUUACCAUUGAUCUCCAGCCAGGCUACAAGAGGUUCAGUCUCAAGCUUGAUGAUGGCACUACUCGUGGACCAUUCACCAACCAAUACGUCCACUUCCAGCUGCCAUACAUUCAAACUCUUUAUGCUAGAGCCUUCGCUGCUGGUAGCCCGAUUACUAUUACCGGAGGCAACUUUGGUGUGAACACCACUGGUCUCUCCAUCAAUGCCGGUGGUGGCUUGUGUGUGUCUCCUGCCAUCAUUGAGGACUACACCACUGUUAUUUGCAACCUCGGUGCUAGUGUUGCCAUCAACGGAAACACCCAGUCUUUGUUGCCAAUCUACAUUACCUACGAUGCCAACAACUUCGUAUACACUCACAGGAACAACAUCCCAUUCUACGACUUUAACACAAUGACCGUCAUCCGUGCCUGUGUUGAUUGUCAAGGAGUUUAUGGUGAUGUCAGAGCCAUGAUCUCAGGAGCCCCAGUUCUUGAUUACAAUACCCCUUACCAAGGUACCGUAGUCAAUAGUUUACAGUCUGACACUAUUGUCAAGACCUACAACCUGGGAAGCAACAAGUUGUGUGAGGGUCUGGACUGUUCUGGAACUUCAUCCAUCCCCAUCAAAGAUUUGGGUGGUCCCCUUAACAAUGUUGUUGGUUUCUCAUCUUUCACAAACUGUCUCCCAAGUGUAAUCUAUUGCAAUGGAGCCUCCGGUUUCUCCACCAGUACCUGGUACAUCCUAUUUGGUCAGGAGACUGGUACUGGAAAGCUCUACAACCUGCUCGGACAGACCUCUACAGUCAAUGAGUUUGCCUUCUAUGGAGGUUACCAACCAACUGCCCCAGCCGCAACCACCGCUUUGGUUGACACCGCCGGUGGUGCAAUCACCUACACCGUCGGUACUACCGCUGGAUUCAAGUUCUCGAGCCGUUCCUUCACCUUCCGUGGUACCACCUACUCCUUCCCCAACAUCAAGCUGGCCGCCCAGAACACACUUACCCUCAACAUCCCAGAGGGUACCGGCACCGGUUACCUCGUUGGUGUCUCCAUCGAGUCAAAGACAUUCGCCAACACCAUCACCGUCUCAUACAACAAGCCAACAAUCACAUCCAUCAACCCAAGAAUCACCUCCAUUGAUGCCCAGGUCGUCAUCAACGGUAACAACUUUGGUCCAACAAUUGUCGGAGUUGUCGUCACUAUCACUCUCGGAGCCACCACCAAGACUGUCAGCUGCACCAUGCAAACCAAGCACACCGCCCUCGCAUGCACACUCCCAGGAGGCUUUGGUUCCCAGACGGUUACUGUCACCGUCGGUGGUCAGUCAGGCACCUACACCUACGCUUACCAAGCCCCAGUCAUUACCAACGUCGACCAGGUCGGUACCACCAUCAAUGUCUAUGGUACUACCCUUGGUUUGACCAUGGCAGCCGUUGUCUGUACCCCAACCUUAACCUCCCCAUCGUUCACCACCAAUGCCGACCCACAGAUUUACUCUGGUUCAUCUGACGGCACCACCAGGAAUGGUCCAGUUACCCUGACCAUCUCUGGCACCCCCACCAACGCCUUCCAAUACAAUUACAAGCCAAUCGUCGACUCUACAGCUGGCCUCAAGACUGGCGCCUCAUCCCUCAUCACCUUGAGCGGUAAAUUCCUCAGUGUCACCCGUGCUAGCAACGCCGCAGCUACCGUCAGUGUUGUUAUUGAUGGAGUCACCCCAUGUACCACUCCAGCAAACCCCACCAACGGCCUCAAGCUCACAUGUACUGCCCCAGCACUUACCGGCUCACACACUAUCGAGGUUACCAUUGAUGGAAAGACCUCUGUUAGCGCAAGCCUUGUCGCCCCAGCCCCAACCGUAGUCAGCUACACCCAGUCCUUGACCACCCUUGUCAUCACCGGUACCAACUUUGGAACCAGCACCUCUGGCGUCUCGAUCCUUGUCGGUGGCAUCUCCUUCAACCCCACUUCAGUCUCUGAUAACACAAUCACCGCCACCAUCCCAGACACUCUCCGCAACGGUCCACUCUCUGUUACAGUAGGUGGUCAGCCAUCGACGGGCACCGUCAACUUGGCCAUCGCCCCAGCCCCCAUUUCCACCACUCCAGUGCCCACCGAUGGCGGCCCCUUGGUCAUCACUGGAAAGUACAUGAACAAGUAUGACUACCAGUCCAACCAGCUCACUGUCACCGUUACUCUCGGUACCAACACACCUUGCACCGGUGCUUCCGUCACCACUGACUAUACCCAAGUUACCUGUACCGCCCCACCAGGCAUUGGUAUAAACAUCCCAGUCACGGUUACCAUCGGCACCCAACCCUCGAGCAACCCAAUGGGCUACAGCUACCUCGCUCCCUCAAUCAUCGACAUUGUCCAGAGCCACUCUCUACCAGAGAUCACCAUCACCGGAGCCAACUUUGGUCAGUCCACUAGCACCAUCGGUAUCUCAUUCUCUGGCGUCAACAACAUCCCCGUAUCAAAGUUCGUCGCCCAGUACACCUCCUUCGUUGUCCCCAUCCCAACUACAUCAAGAAGUGACAAGGUUACCGUGACCGUCGGCACCCAGACUGCCCUUCAGUACCUCGCCCUCAGACCAAUCAUUGCUUCAGUCGGAAGUCCCGCCACCCAGGGAAGCUCCAUCACCAUCACAGGUACCUUCCUCCAGAAGGUCACCUACUCUGGUGCCGCCACCAACGUCGUCGUUUCUGUUGACAACAGCCUGAGCUGCGAUCUCCCAACCUUCCCAGGUACUGACGGAAGCGCCCUGGUCUGCAAUGCCCCAGCUGGAACUGGUCCCACCCACACCGCCGUCGUGAGCAUUGACAACACCGCAUCUGACUCUCAUGCCUUUACCUACCAACCCCCACUCAUCAACAACAUCGAUCAAACCGACCAAGUCGCCACGUUCACUGGUGCCAACUUUGGAUCCGCUGCAGUCACCGCCGUCGUCAACUUUGGUGAUGGCCUCACCGCCACCCCAUCAUCGAUUGUCGACUCAGUGCUCAGCCUCAACAUCCCAUUGGCUGCCAGGAACGGACCAUUCUCAGUUGUCGUCGACACCCUGCCAUCCAACAACUUUGACUAUGCCAUCACCCCUGUGAUCACCGACGUCACAUCGGCACCAAUCACUGGAGGAAAGAUCACCAUCUCUGGAUACUACCUCAACAACAUGCGUCAGAACAACACUGCCACCUCGUGGUCGGCUUCCCUCCUGCCAUCAACCUCCUGCAAUGGUCUCUUCAAGGAGGCUGAUGACACUCUGUCACAUCUGUCAUGUACCCUCCCAUCCGGCAGUGGCACUCACACUCUGAGCCUGACCAUCGAUGGUAAGACUGUCACCAAGUCCUUUGUCUACGGUCUCCCAGUCAUUAGCACAGCCGAGGUUGAUGCCAACAACAAGAUCAACAUCACCGGUGACAACUUGUUCGCUCAGGGCGUCAACACAACCGUCCUCUUUGGAUCAUCCCUCAUUGCCAGCCCAUCCUUCUCCGGCGCCUCGAUCAUCUUUGACGCUCCAGCUGGUGCUCUUAACGACUAUGUUACCAUCUUUAUUGAUGGCGCUCCAGUCAAGACCGCAUCCCCUGUCAACUUGUACCCCAUCCUUGCCUCGGCCUCCCCAUCCACAACCGCUGGUUCUGCCAUCGUUCUUAGUGGAAGCUUCUUGAACUCAUAUGACGCUGCCAAUGCCCAAACCACCCUCACCGUCGUCAUCAACGGCCAGCCAUGCCAGGUCACCGCCGACACUGAGACAACCUCAAAGCAAGUCGUCGCCCCAGCCGGCGUUGGCUCAGCCCUUACUGUCACCAUCACAGUCAAUGGCCUCUCAUCCAGUAUCAACACCUUUGCCUACUUGCCACCAACCAUCUCCAACAUCUUCCAGUCGGGUAACUCCAUCUCUGUUGUCGGUACCAACUUUGGUUCCUCCAAGGACACUCUCAACGCUCCAACCGGCAUGACCACCACUGAUGUUGGCGAGAUCUACGCCACCUUCACCCUGCCAACCUUCUACAGAAGCGGUGAUAUCACCAUCACUGUCGGCGGCCAGACUGCCAGCCACUCUUUCAUCAUCACCCCCAUUAUCACUAGCUUCGUUGCCACCUACGCUGACGGCGGAGAUGUUGUCAUCACUGGAUCAUACCUCAACGGUCAAUGGGAGAAACGGUACCUCCACCGUCGCCUCUGUUGA